UUAAUACCUUAUUAAAGUUUAACUUUGGAUAGCCCAACAAAAUCGGCAAGAUUAUUUAUUAAUGUUGGUGCAAUUACCGAGUCAUUUUCACUGGGGUCUUCAAUUUCCAUCUCAUCAUAUUGUAGCUCCUUCCUCUAUCACUACUAUUACCCACAUUACCAACAAUUAGUUUAUCAGAGGACACUGUGACAAGGCAACCAUGUUUUACAAGGGUCACUUUAAUGUGACUAAUGGACUAAUAUGGCAGUUCCAAAUAGUAACUUUCUGCAAGAGGGACAUAGAGUCAAAAGUGGUAAAUGUGGGUGGCAAGUGGUUGGCUUGUCAGGAGUAACUGGUGGUGGGAAGUCUACUCUGGCAGCCAAAUUGCUUGCUUCCCUUCCAACCACUGUUGUGUAUAUGAGUCAAGAUGAAUAUAUACUUCCUGACCAUUACCCCGUUCAUCCGAAAGCUCCCGAACCUCUGACGGGCAUUAAUAAAGAUACACUAUCCAGUAUUGACAUGACAAAGAUGAUUGCUGACAUUAAGCAUAUUCUGGCAUCAGAUGUAGCAGACAUUAAGUUCACUGAUUAUAGCGAGAUACACAAGAGGAGUAAAGUGAUUGGGUCAGCUUUAUGUGAACCAAGACCACCAUUUAGAGGACACAAGGAGAAUGUACAUCUUCCAUCAUUACUUCUUCUAGAUGGAUUUUUGUUGUUUAAUCACCCUGAGGUGCCGCAGUUCUGUGAUCUCUUAUACUUCAUCACUCUCACAAAAGAGAAGUGUUUGGAGAGAAGGAAGAGGAGGGUGUUCACCCAUGCUAGAAUGAACACAAAAGAGUACUUUGAUCUUUGCACCUGGCCUCAGUAUGAACACCACUUUACUCAGAUGUGCAAUUCAAUUAAGGGAAUCCAUUUUAUUGAUGGCUCUUCUCACCCCCAGAUUAUAUAUGAAGAGGCUUUUAAAGAUAUAAUGCAUAUGUUAAAUAAUGCUAACUGUUGAACAGACAUGUGAUGACUCAAUUACUACAGCUGUUCAAAAAAUUAUUUCAUGUUAAUGAUAUAUUGAAUAAUUAAGAGAGAACACCCCCAAGGUUGGCUCUGCUCCUGCAACUAUAAUAGGUAAUCACAAAACAUUAUUUCAGGUAUUAUUAUGAGGUAUUAUUUCAGUCAUACCUCAUUCAUGGUAUGACUGAAAUAAUUCUGUAGAAAAGCAAUGUUGAAGGUGCCCUUCUAACCUUCAGCACUGGAAAACUCUUCCCAUCCAAGUUUUUGUCAUUCUCACAAUCUGAUCUAGUGACAUCUUGCACCUACCUUGGCACUAUUAUACCUCACCAGAUUAUUAUUAUUAUUAUUAUUGCAUAUUCAUUUUAUGCACUACCCUUACCAGAUGACUAUAGUAUAUGUGUGUGUGGUUUGUAGGUUCCUCUGUGACUAGAAAAAGUUCAUUUUCAAGUGAAACAUUCACUCUGCUAUUGGUGCCUUCUUGUUAGCACUUUAUUUUUUAACCAAUGUGAUUGCUGCUGGUCCUUUGGAGGCAUGACGAGAAACGACUGUAGGCAUGUGAUGGUAUAGAUAAUUGUCUAACACAGAUGUGAAUGUAGUAGCUGUUGGCCCUAUAGUGAGCUACAGCAGAGCAACCACUGCCUUAUUGGCAUCUCGGUGAUUGUGUGUACAGGGUAUCUCAUCACCGCUGAGGCUGUUACUACUCUCCUUGUUGAGCUUCCUCCCAGCUCUCUCACUUGGUAAUAUGUAGAUUUAGACCUAGGCCCUGAGGUAUCUUCCAUGCAUAUUUUCUGGUCUUUUUCUUUACUCCAGAAAGUACAUUCCAAGCACUACUUUGAGGUAUUCCCAGUAGCUUGAAUGCUUUAGUGGCUCUAUGCAGGCAGUAGACAAUCUAUGUACCUUUUCCAUUAUAUUUAUGGGGAAGUGCUAAACCUGUAGAAGUCAUAAAGCACCUUGGAAAUGGGAGGUACUCAGGUUCGAUCCAAGGAAGGGGAGGUUAGGUCCAGUUCCUUGGAUCAAGAGUGACUCACCAGCAUUAAGGCACACCUCUCUUGAGGGGUGUACCUUCUCCUGCCUCGAAUGGAGCAGACAAUGAGAGAACACAAGUGAUGUAGCCACUGGCAUUUUCUCUUGUUUUAAAAGUUAUCUAUCCUGGCAUUUGCCAUAUUGUAUACUCUAAAUGAUAAAUUACCCCCUAAUCUUUCAUGUGUUCCUUUCAUAUUAAGAGAUUCUUUUGCAUUGUAUAGUCAAUGCUCCUUUAGAGUUCUUUCCACAUCUGAGCAGUUGGAAUUUAGCACCAAACCCACAUAAGUCAAACAGCACCUAGGAAAUGUGAGGUAAUAAAAUUUGAUAAAGGGAACAGGAGGGUAGCUAUAGUUUCUUGAAUCAAAAGCCCUUCACUAGCUCUGAAGAUUCAUAUCGACGUCUCCUGAAUACUGUUACCCAUUGGCCUGCUAUCCUUUGAGGUCCUCUACUUUCUCUUAUUACUGAAUUUAUAUUAAAACAAUUGGUUAUGUACUCUAUAAUUUAUUGGCUUACAUUAAUAUGGUAGAUAAAACUGUUGAGAGGUAGUCUUGAAUAACUAAUAAUAAUUUUUAUUUAUUGGAUGCCUUGUUUACAGUUAAGUUGCCUUCAUGAAGCGACCUCUAAAUAUUAACAUUCAUUAUUAUUAUACAAGUGUCUCAUUAAUGACUCUAGAGCUGUCAUAGUUUUAUUAUUAUAAUCAAGGGGGAAGCGCUAAACCCGGAGGAUUAUACAGCUGUCAUAGUUAUAACCGUCUUCAGGUUCAACUGCUAAUGAUAUUUGGCCAUAGGCUUCAUGUACCUGUAUAUCAUAGGCUAGCAAUAUUCACAGGUCAUCCUCAGAAAGUUAUAAUUAAUCUUAACAACAUGAGCCUAAUAGCUCAAUUACAGACUUUGGUAUAAAAGUUUUAUAUAAGCACAGUAUCAAUAAAAUUAAACAAUUA